CUGAGAGUCCUUUGGACAGUUAAUGGUGUUUAUCACUGUGCCCCAUUUCUACAAAUCAAUGAUGGGUGGAUUAUUUUCUCGAUGGAGGACAAAACCUUCAACUGUAGAAGUUCUGGAAAAUAUAGAUAAGGAAAUUCAAGCCCUAGAAGAAUUCAGUGAAAAAAAUCAGAGAUUACAAAAAUUAUGGGUUGGAAGAUUAAUUCUCUACUCCUCAGUUCUCUACCUGUUUACAUGUCUAAUUGUUUACUUGUGGUAUCUUCCUGAUGAAUUUACAGCAAGAUUAACCAUGACACUACCAUUUUUUGCUUUUCCAGUGAUCAUUUGGAGCAUAAGAACAGUACUUAUUUUCAUCUUUUCCAAGAGAACAGAAAGAAAUAAUGAAGCAUUGGAUGAUUUAAAGUCACAGAAGAAAAAGAUACUUGAAGAAGUCAUGGAAAAAGAAACUUAUAAGACUGCUAAAUUAAUUCUUGAAAGGUUUGAUCCAGACUCAAAGAAAGCAAAGGAGUUUGAGCCGCCAUCUGCUGGAGCAGCUGUAACUGCAAGACCUGGACAAGAGAUUCGUCAGCGAACUACAGCUCAAAGAAACCUUUCCCCAGCACCAGCAACUGGGAACCAGGGCCCUCCACCUAUUCCAGUGUCUCCUGGAUCACCAAAGGACACUUCUGCCCCUGGUGGGCCCCCAGAAAGAACUGUCACUCCAACUGUACCAUCACAUGUGUUAUCAAGACGUCUUGGAUCCCCUGCUACUUCAGUGCAUGGAAUGGGUCUUCAUCCUCCAGGUCCACCUUUAGCAAGACCCAUUCUCCCUCGAGAUCGAGGUGCCCUGGACAGAGUUGUUGAAUAUUUAGUUGGUGAUGGUCCACAGAACAGGUAUGCCCUUAUAUGUCAGCAGUGUUUUUCUCACAAUGGCAUGGCUUUGAAGGAAGAAUUUGAAUACAUUGCUUUUCGCUGUGCCUACUGUUUUUUCUUGAAUCCUGCAAGGAAAACUAGACCCCAGGCUCCAAGACUUCCAGAGUUCAGUUUUGAGAAGAGGCAGUCAGUGGAAGGUGCUAGUUCAGUUGGUCCCUUGUCAUCAGGAACUGUGCUUCCAUCAGAAAACCAGCUUGGUGAAGAAUCUGUAGAAGAACAAGAUGCUCUUGAUGGUAGUGCAGAGCACAUAGAUAACAGCAUACCAGCGACAGAGCUGACAGACCAAGUGAUUGAAAAGGCACCUGGCACAGAGGAAUCGGAGGAGAAACGGGAAGAGCUGGAAAGCGAGGAAGCCUCAGUGAAUGAAGCCAAGUCCGCAAUGGCUAGUGUUGAUUCUCUUCCUAACCCUGAACUCAAUGGGGAGUCUCUGAUGACAAGCGAGUAAAUGCUUGUGUGCUUCAACUGGCUCUCUCCAGUCGUGUUGAUUCAGUUACUGCUCUUCAGGUGGUGUGUUCUUCCCCUCCUGCGGAUAUGCUUGCUGUCGUUUGAGUUUAGAUUCCCUAGCCUCUUCUUUGUCAAAGUUUUAUCCACACUAGGUAUUAAUUAAAGCAAGUGAUAUCAGCAAGUGUUUGUAGACAACUUUUAGAUAUCUUUUGCCUGUUCAAAAAGUAAACAAAUAUGAUAGCCUCCCUGUUUUCUUACAUAUAUGACCUGUAUAUUAUAUCCAUUUUGACAUAGGAGGAACUUGAGUUAGGAAUACAUUUUCUGAUGUUUGCUUUAAGGAAUGUACUCUGUUAAGAUUUUGUACACUUUAUCGAUAAAAAAACGUAUAGGGUUUUAACUUGAGUUAUUUUCCUGGGGAGGUGGGGGGGAGUAUCUAUUUAGAUAUUUAUAUUAAGUGGUAUGAGAGUUGUAACUGUAACUACAUAGGCAUUGGUACGAAUUUUCAACAAGAAUUUUGGUACGAAUUUUCAUUAAGAAUGCAACUGAACAGUCAAGUGCAGUGUUUCUUUUUGAUGUUACUUAUUUUGCAGCUGGGCCAAAGGCACAUGAUGUAUAAAACUAGCUUAUGUUUACAUAUUAACAAAUAGGAAAUAUCUCUGCACUUGACUGUACUUGAAUUCUGAGCAUUAUUUAUACCUGUAAAAUAAUGAUGAUCUACAAGUGAAUUUUUCGCUCUUGUGUGACUUUUGUUAAGGCAAAUAAAGAUGAUAUGGCAGCAGUUUAUUUUUGUUAAGAUAUCUAGACUCUUACAAGGAGUAUCAUGACAGAUGACUGGAUACCUGAAAAAUCUUAGGAUGAGCUCAAAAUACAAUGAAUAUAUAGAUAGGGCUUCGAGCACAUUAUGAUGCUUUCUACUCAGAUUUAUUGUCUUUUCAAAGGAAUAGAAAUAGUGAUAUCUAGAAGUUCUAAUAAGAGGUGUGCUUAUGUUUGUUUGUUUUUUAAGUCAGGAACACUUUAGACCAUUGGUAGAGCUUUUAACUUUGAAAGUUAAGUGUGUUUUGUGAGAACAAUCAGCUAGUGACUAGUAGUUAAUUUGAUUUAAUAUAUGCUUUAGGAAUCAAUUGGGGAAAAUAUUUGACCCAGAUUAUUAAUUCAUGGACAUCACAUAUAGCAUGGUUAUUUUUUAUUGCUCCAUUUGAUCUCAGUCUCCAUUAUUAUU